GCCUGCUGCAAAGCUCCGCCCUCGACUACCCGGACUGGUUGCGCUCGGCGCCGCUGUUCAGGGUGAGUGAGUGAACACUGCGGUCGGUGUGGGACGGACAGACAGCACAGCAGCGGGCGGUAAACUCCACUGAUGAAGAAAUGACUUAUUUCCACAGCUUUGGGGAUUUCGAUCACGCGAGCUGAUUGACUGACAGCUCAUCGUAUGACCGGUGUAAAGGGAAGGAAAAACAGUGGGUUUACGGUACCCGCGGGGGCGCGUAAGUUGUCAAAUCUGCGGGUCAGUGAGUGAGUGAGUUUGGGUUGGAGUUAGCUAGCUGAUACGCUAACCUCACACGCUUGGAAAUUCAACGCACCUUGGAGAGAUAUUCGGUGUCAUGGCUCUGCGAGCGAGGGCUUUGUACGACUUCAAUUCAGAAAACCCCGGGGAGAUAUCGGUGAAGGAGAACGAGAUCGUAACUCUGUACAGCGAGCAGGACAUUGAGGGCUGGCUAGAGGGGACGAACAGCAGAGGGGCGAGGGGGCUUCUGCCAGCGUCCUACGUCGAGAUUUUGAGGAAUGACACGGUCUCGUCUUUUAACAACUCUCGAUAUGCCAACGUUCCCACUGGUGCUUUUGAGAGCUAUAACAGUACACCAGCAUCUACUUUCUCAGCCUACCCAGCAAUACCUCAACAACAACAACAGCAGCAGCCUCAUCAAGGGACUCCAGCCAGUGAUGAUGACUGGGAUGAUGACUGGGACGAUCACUCAUCCAUAGCUGAUGAACCAGGGGUUGUUGGUGGCGGAUACAGGAAUUAUGAAGGAAACGGACCCUCUGGCUACAGCAUCUCUACAUCGUCUAUGCCUAGAGGUGCACAGCAAGCCAAAAGUUCAGCCACGGUCAGCAGAAAUCUGAACAGGUUCUCCACUUUCGUGAAGUCUGGUGGUGAGGCGUUUGUGCUCGGUGAGGCGUCUGGCUUUGUGAAGGAUGGUGAUAAAAUCUGUGUUGUGAUGGGUCAGUAUGGUCCAGAGUGGCAGGAGAAUCCCUACCCGUUCUCUUGCACUAUUGAUGACCCUACAAAGCAGACCAAGUUCAAAGGCAUGAAAAGUUACAUUUCCUACAAGCUGACGCCGACCCACACACAGAGCCAGGUCAAUAGAAGAUACAAGCAUUUUGAUUGGCUCUACGCUCGAUUAGUGGAGAAAUUCCCUGUGAUCUCAGUGCCACACAUCCCUGAAAAGCAAGCUACCGGUCGCUUUGAAGAAGACUUCAUUUCUAAAAGGAGAAGAGGGUUGAUAUGGUGGAUGAAUCAUAUGACUAGCCACCCUGUGCUGGCCCGGUGUGAUGUUUUCCAGCACUUUCUCUCCUGCUCCAGCACAGAUGAAAAGGCUUGGAAGCAGGGCAAGAGGAAAGCAGAGAAGGAUGAGAUGGUCGGUGCCAAUUUCUUCCUCACCAUCAGCACUCCACCAGCUCCUCUCGACCUGCAGGACGUUGAAAGCAGGAUCGACGGAUUCAAGGUCUUCUCCAGGAAAAUGGACGACAGCGUGAUCCAAGUCAACGCCACACUCAGUGAGUUUGCGAGGAAGCAGAUAGCUGGCUUCAAGAAAGAGUAUCAGAAAGUGGGACAGUCUUUUAAGUAUCUGAGUCAGGCAUUCGAGAUGGACCAGCAGUCAUACUCCAUUGGUUUGAACCAAGCGAUUGCGUACACAGGAGAAGCCUAUGAAGUUAUCGGAGACUACUUUGUGGAGCAGCCUAAACAGGACGUGGAUCCAGUGAUGGAUUUGUUAGCCCUGUAUCAAGGACACCUCACCAACUACCCUGAUAUCAUCCAUGUCCAAAAAGGUGCUCUGACGAAGGUGAAGGAAAGCCAAAAGCACGUAGAAGAAGGGAAGAUGGAGAACCAGCAUGCAGACGGCAUCAGGGACCGCUGUACAUCAUCAUCUUUUGCCACCAUGGCUGAGAUCCAGUACUUCCAUCAGACUCGAGUGCGGGACUUCAAAUCCCAGAUGCAGCAUUUCCUACAGCAGCAGAUCAGCUUCUUCCAGAAGGUCACAGGAAAGCUGGAGGAGGCGCUGCAGAAAUAUGACAAUGCCUAAAUGAACUACGUCCAAAUUUGACCAACAGUGUUUCUCUUUGCCUGGUGGACAGAGUGCCAGGUGAGGGUUAGCCAGCCCCUAGCAAUAUAUGACAAACCAAGAGUCUAUAAUCUUAUUAAAACUAUCCCCAUACAAUGAAUGUCCAACACAGGGAACCGAAUGUUGUUUGGGGUGGUCGUCAGAUGGAGAUAAUGAUCAUCUAAUGUGUGUUUUCCUCUUAAAUAAUGAGGAGGACGGAGCGAGAGAGCAAGGAAUGUCCUGGAUCCUGCUAUUUUUAACGAUGUCCUUCACACAGAUGAAUGAGAGAUUGACACGACUUGAGGAGCUCACUUGGCUUCUCACUGCCACGUUUGAAACACUCAAGACCUUCUUAGCCGUUCUUAGAUGUUUACAGACCUUACAGAGCCACUGUCAUCACUGUUGUGCCUUUCAGUCUGGUCUUGUUGUUUUUUUUUAUAUAUAAUUUCUUAAACAAAAAAUGAUUUAUUAUUCUUAUUCUCAGAAUUGUUUUUACAAGAUUUGAUUUUAUUAUCUUAUUAAAAUGUCACUCCUGCCUGAAAUGGCAGGGCAAAGGAGUAGCUGGCUCAUGUUUGGAGAUAAGCUUGGGAGUAGCUGAACACAGUGCCCUAAUUUGGUGUCCUGUCUGAUUUAUUUCCCAGCCCCCUUCCCACAGUAAUAUUUUGGGUCCAAUGCAGAACAGAAUGUGCACUCGAGGGAAAGCAGUAGUGGCUGUAAGAUGACCUCUCAUUACUUGUGGACAGCUGACCAGGUACCUAGAAAUAUUUGUAAAAAAUGUGCUGUAAACAGGAAGCACAGCACACUCAGGGUAGCUGGAACUCAAUUUGGAAACUUCAACCUACCAUUUUAUCGGCUAAUGAUAUACUAUUCAGUUUAUUGCCUACUACAGACUUUUACUUAUCAUUGUGUAAAAAUGAACCACAUCUAGAUGUGCUGAAAAAUGUCAAAGAAAAUUCCAAAUAAACCGUUCACCUUACUGCUUGUUGCAUCAAAUGUAAAUAGUAUGUGUGUGUUUUUAGAGAGACGGAUUUAAACACCACAUUACUGAACUAUGGGUUUUCUCUUUCUCUGGUUAAGUCAGUAUAUUAUAGCUGUUGACUGGGAACAUCAUGUCCAUAUAUUUUUUCACAUAUCAGUGCUGUUGGUUACUCUUUAUGUCUUUCCAUGAGUUAUUUAAUUAAUAAGCUUGUUACUAACCUCACAGUGCCAUCGAUUCCUCAAACUGUCUGCAAAACCUCACAUAGCUCCACCUAACCUUUAUUUGAAAUAAAGUGCCACACGUCA